GGGGGGCGCGGAAGAAAAGCCUUGAGCAAGAUCCCACGCCUUCUCUUCCUUCAGUCUCCCGCCGUCGACGCAGCGCUCUCUUCCCUUUUCCAGUUCUCUUCUCUUCACGGUGAGAAGUUUAAACUUUUGGCUUCGAAGUCAUUUUUUCCAGAUAAAGUUUCUUUAAGCUUCAGCCAUAAGGGUCAGUUUUCCUAUUUACAACUGUGUGGUGCAGCAUCCCUGAAUUGGCUUGUAUUUUUUAAGCAGAGCGUAAUGGAAGUUCGUGCAGAAAGUGGAGGCAAUAUCAAGUUCAAUUCUCAGGAUGGAUCUCUAAGCUUGGGAGAUGGUGGUGAUGAUAGUAAUGCAUUACUAUUGCCAGCUAAGAUAGGGAAGAAAAGGAAAGGGAUGAAUCAGGUACAUAGAGAAAUCAACUCAAAUAAGAAACAUAAGUUGAGCCAAUCUCAGAAAAGGAAGCUGAAGAAGUUAGAGGAGGACAAGGAGAAAGAACUUCUACUAAAGAGAAGCAUUGAGACAUUAAACAAAUACAAGAUUCCAGAUUAUGCAUAUCCUCUUUUGCAGUCUGCCCAGAAUAUUAAUCGGACUGACACUGUGCUAGAGAGACGGAGGAGAGCUAUACAUUUAUUGAAGGAAGGAUUAAGGGUUGAUCAUAGUCAUGAUCUGUCCAGGAUUCUGGAUGUUCCACACAGAUUUGAACCUGAGACAGAAGGGAUUCAUGUGGAACAGGAAACCAUGGAAAAUGACCAAACCCAACUGGCUAGAUUUGAAAGAGAACUCUCAUGUGAGCCUUAUGCUCCUUUACUGUCCUCUCAAGAACCAGCUUGUGGUGAUGAAUCUUAUGAAAAUAUUGAACCUCUGACCACCUCUCUUGGUGGUGUCUCUGUUGAGGAGAACGCAACAUCAGUACAUGAUGAUAUAACUCAACGUUAUGAUAGAGGCAAGCCUAUUGAUGAGAGUAUAAGAGCUGAAUCCAAGGAUGGGAGAUGUGAGAUCUCUAAAACCAAUCUCAGUGAACCGAGCAACCUUAAUGAUUCUUCUGCUUCAACUACCCCUACUGUUGUGCAUGUAUAUAGACCAUCUGAGGUUCAAGAGAAAAGAAAGGAUCUCCCAAUAGUCAUGAUGGAGCAAGAGAUUAUGGAAGCCAUAAGAUAUCAUUCUUCUGUUAUCAUUUGUGGUGAAACUGGAUGCGGUAAAACAACUCAAGUUCCUCAAUUUCUUUAUGAAGCUGGUUAUGGUUCGAGCAAGUCUAGAGUUCACAAAGGUGUUAUUGGUGUUACUCAACCACGUAGGGUUGCUGUUCUUGCGACAGCAAAGCGUGUGGCAUAUGAGCUUGGUCUUCAUCUUGGCAGGGAGGUUGGCUUUCAAGUUAGAUAUGACAAGAAAAUUGGAGAUAAUUGUUCUGUCAAGUUUAUGACUGAUGGAAUCUUACUACGUGAAGUUCAGAAUGAUAUUCUCUUGAGGCAUUAUUCUAUCAUAAUUCUUGAUGAGGCUCAUGAGAGGAGCUUGAACACAGAUAUUUUGAUUGGGAUGUUGUCACGUGUUAUUAGGACUCGGCAAGAGGUUUACAUGGAACAGCAAAAGACGAUGCUUUCAGGAGGAAGCAUAGCUCCUAAUGAUAUGAUUUUCCCAUUAAAGCUUGUGCUGAUGAGUGCCACUUUGAGAGUAGAUGACUUCACUUCUAAAAGGUUAUUCCUGACACCGCCCCCUGUUAUCGAAGUUCCCACAAGACAGUUUCCUGUGACGAUACACUUUUCAAAGAAGACAGAGAUUGUUGAUUAUAUUGGGCAAGCAUAUAAAAAGGUCUUGGCAAUUCACAAGAGAUUGCCACCUGGUGGCAUACUUGUCUUUGUCACUGGCCAAAGGGAAGUGGAAUACCUUUGCAGGAAGCUACGCAAUGCUUCAAGAGAGUUGAUCAUGAAAGCAUCUAAAGUAUCUGUAGAAAAUGAUGGUGCUAUGGUACAUGGGGCGAGUUCUGUUGGGGGACUAGAUAUGAAGGAGAUAAGUGAAGCAUAUGAGAUUCAUGGGAAUUCAACCACCCAACAAACAGAUAGGUUUAGUGCUUGUGAUGAAGACCGGCAAGAUUUAUGUGAGCAUGAAUCAGAUUUUUCAUAUAAUUCAGAAACUGAUAGUGAUUUGGAAUUUGAUGAAGAUGAUAAUCUUAAACAUUCAGAGAACAAUGAUUUUGUCAAUGUCCUAGGAGAGGAGGGGAACCAUGCUUCCUUAAAGGCGGCCUUUGAAUCGUUGUCGGGGAAAGCACCAUCAAACUCCAAUUCUGGUGGGGAGCAAACUCUCUCUGUGAAUAAGGAUGGACCUUUAGAUCAAUCAAUAAUUUAUAAGGAGAAGAGGGCUAGAGAGGAUUCCCCAAGUUCUUUUGUUCUACCACUUUAUGCUAUGCUUCCUGCGGCUGCUCAACUUCGUGUAUUUGAAGAAAGCAAGGAGGGAGCGCGUCUUGUUGUUGUUGCCACAAACGUUGCUGAAACCUCCUUAACAAUCCCAGGGAUAAAGUAUGUGGUGGAUACUGGAAGGGAAAAAGUGAAGAAUUACAAUUCCUGCAAUGGCAUGGAAGCAUAUGAAGUACAAUGGAUAAGUAAGGCAUCUGCUGCUCAGCGAACAGGAAGAGCUGGAAGAACUGGACCUGGCCACUGUUACCGUCUUUAUUCUUCUGCAGUCUUUAAUAAUAUACUUCCUGACUUCUCUCUUGCUGAAGUCUCUAAAGUACCCAUUCAUGGUGUGGUUCUUCUGUUAAAAUCUAUGCUUAUUGAGAAGGUUGUAAAAUUCCCAUUUCCUACUCCUCCUAGCGGUACGGCACUGGUUGAAGCAGAGGAAUCCUUGCAUGCUCUUGAAGCACUUGAUAACAAUGAUCAACUCACGCCACUGGGGAAGGUCAUGGCACUUUAUCCCUUGACUCCACGUCACUCAAGGAUGCUCCUUACAGUUAUUAGAUUGAUGAAGAGCAAGUAUAAAUGCAAACGACCAAGUUUACUUCUAGCAUAUGCUGUUGCAGCUGCUGCUGCAUUAAGCCUUUCAAAUCCUUUUAUAAUGCACUUCGAGGGAAAUGAUGGUAAUGGAGACCUAGAGAAGUAUAAGAAAUCUAGCAUGGUGGAUAGUGAGAAAGCCAGUGACAAGGAAGAAAGAUCAAGGAGAAAGAAGCUAAAAGAAACUGCUAAAGUUUCCCGUAAAAAAUUUCGUGUUAUUUCUAGUGAUGCCCUGACAAUAGCUUAUGCUUUGCAGUGUUUUGAGCAUUCACAGAAGCCUAAAAAAUUCUGUGAUGAAAAUGUACUGCACUUCAAAACCAUGGAAGAGAUGUCAAAGCUUAGGCAACAGCUACUUAGACUUGUCUUCUAUCAGAGUACUGUUGGUGGUUUGGGACAGGAAUACUCUUGGAUUCAUGGAACUUUGGAGGAUACAGAACAUGCUUGGCAGGUAUCUUGUGAAAAAUAUCCUCUUUUGCUGGAUGAGGAACGGCUCAUCUGUGAAGCAAUCUGUGCUGGUUGGGUUGACAGGGUUGCCAAACGUAUCAUAGGGUCCUCUAGGACCUUGGAUGGCAGCACAAGAGUUCCUGCUAUUCGGUAUCAAACAUGCAUGUGUGAAGAAAGUGUCUUCAUUCAUCGUUGGUCAUCAGUUUCUAUUGCAGCCCCUGAGUUUUUAGUUUAUAAUGAGUUAUUGUAUACAAACAGACCAUAUAUGCAUGGGGUAACGUGUGUGGAUCCAGGUUGGCUUGUUGAGCAUGCCAAAUCUUCAUGUGUAUUCUCUGCACCCUUAAUGGAUCCCAGACCUUUCUAUGAUACCCUGACUGACCAAGUAAAGUGUUGGGUCAAUCCAACCUUUGGGCGUUUCUGUUGGGAGCUUCCAAAGUGCCAGUUGCCAAUUAGUGAUAAUGAUCUUAGGAUGCAAGUUUUUGCCUACGCUUUGCUUGUUGGUCAGGUGUGUCCAUGUUUAAAAUUUGUGCGAAAAUAUAUGGCGGCCCCUCCUGAAAGCAUUCUGAAGAGAGAAGCAUUUUGUCAAAAGAGGGUCGUAAAUCUCUUGAGCAAGUUAAAGAGUAGGUUGAUUGAUAGUUCUGCAAUGUUAAGAAUGGUGUGGCAGCAGAAUCCAAGGGAACUUCAUACAGAAAUUUUGGAUUGGUUUCAGCAGAAUUUUCACAAGAACUUCAAUGGUUUAUGGUUACAAAUGAUUGAUGAAGUGCUUCAUGAGAAAAAAGAACUCUCUGUCUAUAAGGGUGAAAGAAAACUAAAAAAUAAAAGCCAUCAUAAAUGAUUGCUUAACAGUUAAGGGUGCUUGCAUUGAAUCAGUCGUGAAAUGUUUCAAGCUUUAACCUUUUUGAACCUGCUUUAUAGAUUCUCCGUCUACAAAACUUAUUGGAUGAUGGAUUUGAUGCUUUUAGUGUAUUCCGGCAUUCAGUAGGCAUUAGGGGCAAAGGUUCAUAUUGAGCUGCAGCAUUUGAUAUUCAUGUAGUCCUACUGAGCAAUUUUGGAUCUGUAGAACUCCAGCAUUUCUGAUUCUUGGCACUGGAAAGCAUCCGGAGGGAAUGAGUUCAUUAUUUCCUCCACCGUUUUGGUAAAACCAAGCAGAGAGAAAUCCAUGGCCAAGACAGACGCCAUGUCUGGAGGGCUAGCCCCAUCUUGUUUCCGCAUUUGAUUAGGCAUGUGGAAAGCAAAUCUAUCCUCUAACGGUGAGUUAACAGAUCUGGUACAAAGGACCUCAUUAUACAAAAAUCCACAGGUCUUCAAGUGUCCAGACAGAAAGGCCCCAGCAAAAUAAAGCUCUACUCUGACUCGUGACUUUAAACCUCGUCUGGAGAGAGAACAACCUCAUUUUCUUUACCUGGUUAUCUGAGAAGAAUGUACUCGAGUCCAUCAACAGUAUGUUAAUGCUGAUAAAUACUUCGUGGAGUAAUAUCCACCCUUUUGUAACCCUCCAGGCUUAGCAUGCCCUUUUAUUUAUUUAUUUUUUUUAAAAAAAGCAGAUAAAUCUGAAGGAGGCAAAGGCAUUUUGUUACAGGCAAGGCGCUUGUCAUGGUUAACGGCAGGUGAUUUUGAAUUAGUCUAACUUCACCCACUGAUUGAGUAAUUUUGGGCGUGGGAGGUUCUGAAUUUGAUUUUUUUAUAUAAAAAAAAAAUAACUUAUCCUUUUUCAAUUUAUCAUGUGAAUUCUAUUGAUUUGUUAGAUUACCGUUGUAUUUUUCAAUUUAUGAACAAGGCUCAUGAGCUUCUUGACACGUGAAGGAUUGAUGUAUUCUUAUGCUCUGGCUAUGAGGACCUUGGUCUGUUGGCCUUGAGAUAUCUGUUUGUUAGACUUGGUCUUGGGAAGUA